UCAUCGGCGACAGCAAGCGAUAGAUGAAGCAGUAAAAACUGAGCAACCGGAGAUGACGGAGGGUGUUGAAGAAGACAUGGAAGGCAUAAUCACCGAAUUGAAGUUUAUCGUGCCGUCGGAUCAAUCCAAGACCCACAUUCUGAACCUUUGGAGCAAAACCAUAAAGAUUCGGAAUGAACAUAGGAACGAAGGGACCUUCUUGACGUUUUUGAACGAUUUUCCGGUGGCCUCGGGUUUCGGCGGCUUGCUGAUUGCUCAGGAUUAUAAAAUACUUUAUCCUAAGGCAACUGAGUUUGAAGAAUUUUGGAAUGCUAUGCAACCCAAAAUUUUGAAUCGCUACCCUGAUGUAUACCGCUUCAUCAAGAAUGAUUUUCUAAGAGCCCUCGCAAUCGUGCGACAAAAAAAUCCAACACGUGGCACGAAACGGACAAGGGAAGAGCAACAGGACCUUCACCUGCGAAAGAUGAACCCGCUUCACGGUAUAAUACAAUGGAUCAAUCCUGAUAAGAGUAUGCCGAUUUUGACCAUUCCCCAAAUAAUUGUUGUUGGAGAGGAGUUUGAGCAAGGUGUUUGCUACGUUGUUUGGAAUAAUGUUAUAUUUGAGACAGAGACGAAUGUUGUCCAGGCUUUCACUAUUUUGUGUAAGCUGUUUGCAGUGGGCAAUGUAACAUGUGCGCCAUCCGACAAGCUUUUUUAUGGAUUUUUCUCGGCGGCUUGCCUUCGAGUUGAGAAAAUGAGUACAACCGCCAACAAGUUUUUGGAUUUCCUAUAGUUUUGAAGCAUUUUUAUUGCU